AUGGCAUCAUCUUCUCAAAAGACAGAUACAUUAAUAAAGCAAUGUGAACAAUUAUCUCAAUUGGUCUCAAACUUUAACAAAAAAAUUGAAGAAACCAUUGCAACAGCAUCGAAUGACAUGAAUCACCUUCUCGCAUCAAUUAAACAAAAUAUUCAAGACACAACGAGCGCCGUAGUAACUGAUUUAAACGAAUGGGAGCAGUUGAAGAGGAAUUUAUCUAAAACACAACUUAAGGGUAAAGUACAGCUCGAUGUUGGUGGACGUUAUUUCUCAACCACAGUAGACACUUUGACGAAUGAGAAGGAUACAUUCUUUACGGCGUUGUUCUCAAAAAAUUGGCAACUAGAGAAAGACAACGAAGGACGAAUAUUCAUUGAUCGAAACGGCGAUUUAUUUGCGGACAUUUUGGAAUUCAUGAGAAGUCCAGAUGAAUUUAUAUUACCAGAAGACCGAUUACGUAGACGUUUGGUAAAUGAAGCUAAGUUCUAUAAAUUGAAGUCUUUUUUGGAGGUUUUAACAGAACCGGAAAGGAAAAUAGAAGAAGCAGCAGAACGAGAAAGACAAAUGAAAGCAGCAUUAUUUCCUGAUGAUACACUUUUAACGAUAGAACAAAUGCAAAAACUGAAUGAAUUUUAUGGCAAAGCCAAUCAAAUGUGGGCACUAAUAUAUAAAGCAACUAGAGAUGGUUUCGAUGGUCCUACUUUUCAUCGACUUUGUGACAAUCAAGGUGCAACUAUAGUGAUCAUUCGUUCAUCAGGUGGCUAUUUGUUUGGUGGUUAUGCAGCACAAAGUUGGAACUCAGCUGGAAGCUACAUUAAUGCCAUAAACUCAUUUCUUUUUCUGUUAACGAAUGCAAAUGGAAGUCAGCCAACAAAGUUUCCCUAUAAUAAUAAUGGUCAUGCUCUUCACGGCAACAAUGCAUACGGCCCAACAUUUGGUGGUGGUCAUGAUUUGCACAUAUGCAAUAACAGCAAUACCAUCAAUGGUAGUUAUUGUAAUAUUUCUCAUAGUUAUACAAAUCCUCUUGGGCUUGGUUCAGCGACUUUCACAGGCGCACGCAACUUUCAAACGACAGAAAUUGAAGUUUUCAAAUUAUCCGAAUGA